AUGUCUCGGCAGCGAAUUACACUUGUUGGCAUCGGCAACAUGGGCGCCGCCCUAGGCCACGCCCUGCUCAAGAACGACACGCCCAUUACGGUUUGGAACAGGACGACAGACCGCCCACAGGUCAAGGGUCUGGUCGACGCCGGCGCCGCACUUGAGGCUGAUAUCAACGCCGCCCUGGUCCACAACGACGGCGUCGUAGUCAUCUGCCUUCUCGACUACGACACAAUGUACACGGCCCUGGGCUCUUCGGCGUCCAGCCUCCAAGGAAAGACGAUUGUCAACCUCACAACCGGUACACCCAAGCAGGGCCGGGACGCCGAGGUUUGGUUCAAGGAUCAAGGCGCCUCGCUCUACUUUGACGGUGGCGUCAUGGGCACGCCAGAGAUGGUGGCUACGCCGCACAUGGUCAUCAUGUAUAGCGGAGAAACGGAAGCCAGCUUCACGGGCAACCGCGUCCCGGAGCUGCUGGGACCAUUUGGCCGCGCCGUGUACGAGGGGGAGGACCCAGGGGCCGCGUCGAUGGUGGACCUCGCCGCGCUGUCGGCCAUGUAUGGCCUGUUCGCCGGAGCGUUCGUCGGCAUGGCUCUCCUCAAACGUCAGCGCCAGGCGGGGUUGAAGGCGGGCGAGGCUCCGCAGGUGACGCCAGGGGUAAACAAGGCCAUGAUCCCGUUGGUCGGCUCGCUGGUCCCGUACUUGAGCCAGAUGUCAGAGAUCAUCGACCAGGAACGCUGGGAGGACAGCCUGGGCAACCCGUUGGGGAUGCAGCUGACGGCGCUGAGGACCAUUCUGCGCGCGUGCGACGAGGAGGGGGUCGACGGCGGCGCCCUGGCAGGGCUGGCUGCCAACAUGCAGAAGGGGGUGGACGAACGCGGCGGGGACGGUGGGAUUCCAAUCGCGGGCAAGUACCUGCUCAAGUGA